ACUCAUCUCUCUAUAAAAAGCCCUAAAGCUCCUCCUUUUCAACGCUUUUUACACCAGAUCUCUUGGACUGACUCCUUGGAGAUGCGUGCUUGCUGAGGGAGGUCAUUUUUACCAUCUACUCUUUUCUGGGUCAUUCUCUCUCUUACUUUCUCUCUCUAUAUCUGCAAAUGCAUUUGCAGUCAUAAUCUGUAUAUAUAUAUAUAUGUAUAUAUCUGUGCAUCGACACAUACAAAAGCAGACACGCAUAUAUAUGGCAAGUGGGUGAUUUGAUUCUUUUUUUGAUUUGAUUUUGAUUUACGGUUUUUGUUUUGGUUUUGCGAUAACAGAGAGAGAGUUAGAGAAGAAGAGAUUUCAUCAUCAAUGGAGAAUGGUAGUAACGGCGUGGUGACGUUGUUGUUCACGGAAGAGGAGUUGCGUGAGAUAAGUGGGGUCAAGAGAUGCGAUGAUUACGUGGAGGUGAUGUGUGGGUGUACAAGCCACCGAUAUGGUGAUGCUGUUGCUAGACUUAGGAUUUUCUCAUCUGGUGAACUUGAAAUCACCUGUGAAUGUACUCCUGGAUGCACUGAAGACAAGCUUACUCCGGCUGCAUUUGAGAAGCAUUCUGGGAGAGAAACUGCUAGGAAAUGGAAAAAUAAUGUAUGGAUCAUUGUCAAUGGUGAUAAAGUUCCUGUGGUAAAGACCCCAUUGCUAAAAUAUUAUAACAAGUCUUUAAAGCAUGCUAUUUCUCAAAAUGGAAAAGCUUGUCAUCGUGAUGAGUUCCUAAGAUGCACCGAGUGCAACAAAGACCGCAGGUUCCGUCUCCGUUCAAAGGAAGAGUGCAGAACUUACCAUGAUGCUUUGGCGAAUGUGCAUUGGAACUGCUCUUGUAUUCCUUAUGACAAAUUUUCAUGUGAUGAUGAUGAAGAACGAGCAAGCCGUAGGGUGUACAGGGGAUGUUCUCGUUCUCCGACAUGUAAAGGUUGCACCACCUGUGUUUGUUUUGGAUGCCAAAUAUGCCGAUUUUCGGACUGCAGUUGCCAGACGUGCAGUGACUUCACUGAGAAUGCAAAAGGCUGAAUUAUUCUAUAAUUUGUUUCCAAAUUUGUAUGGGGUAUGUUUUCCCCAUAUCAUUAAUUCAUCUGAAUCCAUGCUACUCAUGUUUUUGCUGACUGACAUAUAUUAAGACCCAUUAAUCCCAAAAUUGCCGUUUUACAUUCA